AUGCAGGAGUCACCAGGUUCCAUAAGUGUAGAUGGAUGCUAUGCCAACAACGUCCCAGCAUUCCUCACCAAGCUGUGGACACUGGUGGAAGACCCAGAGACCAACCAUCUCAUCUGUUGGAGCACUACUGGUACCAGCUUCCAUGUGUUUGACCAAGGCAGGUUUGCCAAAGAGGUUCUGCCCAAAUAUUUCAAACACAACAACAUGGCCAGCUUUGUGCGGCAACUCAACAUGUAUGGCUUCAGGAAGGUGGUAAAUAUUGAACAGAGUGGGCUGGUGAAGCCAGAACGAGAUGACACAGAGUUUCAGCACCUGUACUUCCUUCAAGGCCAUGAGCAUCUGCUAGAACACAUCAAGCGCAAGGUGUCUAUAGUAAAAAGUGAGGAGACUAAAUUCAGGCAGGAGGACUUAAGCAAGCUCCUGUAUGAAGUACAGGUGCUUCGCAGCCAACAAGAGAACAUGGAGUGCCAGAUGCAAGAUAUGAAACAGCAGAAUGAAGUGUUGUGGAGGGAGGUGGUGUCACUGAGACAGAACCACACACAGCAGCAGAAGGUUAUGAACAAGCUGAUUCAGUUCCUGUUCAGCCAGAUGCAGGCAAACCCCCCCAGCACAGUUGGAAUGAAGAGAAAAUUGCCCCUGAUGUUAGAUGAUGGCUCCACCACUCCUCCUACCUCUAAACUCAGUCACAGCCACUCCAUGGAAUCCAUACAAGAAGCCUUCUACAUCCAAUCGCCAUCCACAGAGGCUGCCUCCUGUUCCACUAGCAACACAAUGACAGUAGGGCCGAUCAUCUCUGACGUUAGUGACAUGUCACAGCCUAGUGAAAUGGCUAUUCAAAUGGAGGAUGCACGGGAAAGAUGUCCGAUGAUUAUUAAAGAAGAGCCAGUGAGUCCAGGUGUGCACAGGUGGAGUGAGGAUGUUUCUUGUGGUGUUUGUACUGAACCCCCCAUUCUCCCCUUGGCCAUGGUACAAUCCGUCCUAGAGGGCCGAGGAUCAGGCUCUGGAGAGAGGAGGACCAAAAGGACCAUGGAAAGGCCAGAAACGUCUGAAGCUGUUGAAAAUGUGGAGAUGAGCUUUGAGGAACUACAGCUGCUCCUGAGAAACCACCAGCAGAGUAUAGAUUCUAGCUCUGCCAGUGUGGAUGCAUUCACUUUUAACAUGGCCCUGAAUGAGUGGAACUUCACAGAGAUGGACCCAAAUCUCAAAUCAGAGUUGGCCAACAUCCUUGUCCCUGCUGCUAUGUCUCAGUACAUGUUCCAGUGCCAGGAGGGUGAAGUGUGCAAUGCUAAUAGCUGUGAGGAACAGUAA